AUGAACCUCUGGAAAUUUUCAGUCGGACUCCUCGCCGCUGUAAAGUCCGUCUGGACCCGCGGCAGCCCAUUCGCUGCACUCACAGCCCUCUGGCCAACAAAUGAAGAGGGCAAAUUUAUCAUUCAAUCCGAAGGCAUUCGGCUGGCUUUUACAAACCAUGGCGCAGCCCUUACAAAUCUCUGGCUGAAUAAUACCCAUGGCGAGGAGGUCGAUGUUUUACUCGGCUUGGACUAUGCGAGGGGUUAUCCGUCCCUUCAGUCAAAUCCAUAUUUAAAUGGGGUUAUAGAUAAAGGCUGGGGCCGACAGACCUGGGACAUCGCAGUGCAUAUCAGCAACAGCAUUACAUUCGUGCUGUUCGAUAACAGGUGGAAUGGGUUCCCUGGGAUCUUCGCCUCGUGCGUGACGCACACGGUUACGCCGUAUGAGUGGCGGAUUGCCUUCGGGGUUACGCCGUUGCUCAAGGCAGGCCCAAUUAAUUUUAGUCAGCAAGUUUUCUUUAAUCUUGAUGGGUUUAGGGGUAAUGCCAGCACCAGCGAUGCUAGUGAUAGUACGGUGCUUAAUCAUAGGCCGAGGCUUCCUUCUUCCGGGAUGCGUUUCGAUGUUGAUGAGUGGGGGAUUCCGACAGGCGAUAUGAAGAGUAAUAGGGAGGGGAAGGAGUUUGACUUUUGGUCUGCGGAUAAGUUUAUUGGCGACGAGGUUCAGAAGGGUAAUGCUGGAUCUGAUGUGACUUACGUGCUCUCCCAUAAACCGUUGGGCGACAAGGAAGACGAACCUGUGGCAAUCCUCUCCUCGAAGCCAUCUGGUGUCACCAUGGAGCUUUACACGGACCAGGACGCUCUCCAUGUUCACACGUGGAACAGUGACUUGGCUGGGUUGCGGUUGAAGAAAGGUCAAGGGCAAGGCAAAGUCGCUCAACACGCAGCGAUAUCUCUAGAGAUGCAAGACUGGCCAGAUGCAGUGCACCAUCCGGAGUGGAGACACAGAGAGACCAUUUGGGGUAUGGACGGACUCUAUACGCGAUUUGCAACGUAUAAGUUCUCAGUUGAAAGAAGAUGA